AAUUUUAUAAUAUAUAAACAAACCCUAGAUUACAAAAUUAAAUUUCAGAAAAUCGUUAAUUAGAGAACUCCAAAUUUAAAAAAAACUCGGAAAAAAUCCUGCGAGAUCAAAGUAUUCCUUGAAUUUCAAGAGAAGAUUCUUGUUGCAUGUGUACAAUAUCACCUAUAAUGAAGUUCAAAAGAUUGAGUAACGUGGAGGUCAUGAACAAAAGGGAUACUCCUGUAUCAUGGCGUAAUGCCAAGAUACUAUCUGUUAAUGGCUGUACUUAUACUGUGCAAUAUGAUUGUUAUCCGGGGCAGGAAAGUGAACUAAUUGGGGAACGGGUAUCAAGGAAAUUUAUAAGGCCACGUCCACCUCCUGUGCAAGGUAUAGAGAAUUGUGUAGCUGGGGACAUUGUGGAGGUAUUUCAUGGUAUUUCAUGGAAGCUUGCCACUAUUUUGAAGGUUUUGCAUGGAUACCAAUAUUUGGUGAGGCUACUUGGGUGCUCCCAGGAAUUAAUCGUCAAAGGAACCAACUUUAGGAUGCGACAAAUAUGGCAUGAUGAUAAAUGGAUUGUAUUGCCAAAGGGUUCCAGAGGAUACAAGGAUGAAAAGGCUAGCCGGCUAUCAAUUUCAAACUGCGAUCAACAAUUUAAUGCAAGGGCUAAAAGUCGAACACAAAGAGAUUGCUUGAUCACUCAGAAUGAUUCUAAAUUUAAGGAAUCUCCUUUAGUCUCUUCAAGGUCCUUGAAGAGGAUGUCCCCCUACUGCUCUUCUAUCAUUGAAGUGCAUAAUGGACAUGCCCAGAAAAUGAGAGCAAUUGAGAAAGAUUAUAGGAGGCAUAGAGUGGUUGCUUCACCUGCACUUGAAAAGGUAGAUGCUGUUGCUUACCCAAGAGAAAUUCUGGGUGAAAAAUACAUGCAUGCAUCCUUUAAAACUAGAUUAAAUGAAUUUAAUGAAAUGGAGAAAGCCAAACAAAAUAAUCUUCUUGGCUGUUCUAGAGUUAGAAGUUCAGAAUCUAAUCAUUCUGACAGUGAUGCCUGUUCUGUUGGGAGUUGUAGUAUUAAUGAUCAGAAUUCAAACAAGUGUCCUAAACAUUUUAUACCACUCUCUCACCAAGUGUCAGAUACCAUUAGCAGUGAUGCAGAGUCUUGCUCUGAUCCAGUCGAGGUAAAAAAUUGUCCGCUUCCUCCAAAAGAGGAAGUAGAAGCUAGUAUCCAUUGCUUAGAGUUGCAUGCUUAUCGCUGCACUCUGGAAGCAUUGUAUGCAUCUGGUCCCUUAAGUUGGGAUCAAGAAGCUAUGUUGACAAAUCUUCGUAUCACGCUUCAUAUUUCAAAUGAUGAACAUUUGAUGGAGCUGAAGGACCUGAUCUCUACUAAAACUGAUACUCAUGCUAGAUAAUAGUUGUUAAAACUAUAUUUUUUACAUUUUUAGUAGGAUUGUGUCGUUUUUUCUGGUUCAAGAUUGUAAUAAAGAUAGCAUUGUGAAACUGCAAGAAUCAAUUAUUUCUUUAUCAAUCAAUCCAUGUAGACAAAUCUUUCAAGAUAUGAAUGUAUACCUUCCCAUUUUGGAUUUCUUAGCCCUUAUGUGUCGUUUUGUUAUUUCUACUGUAAAAGGCAUAUUUAGGUACUUCUCACUGCAGCAGAAGUAUUUUUUUUCGAGGCAAAUGCAUUAUGUAUACCUUCUGCAGGUUUGAGAGAUUUAUGUAAUAAAAGCUUUUUAAGGCAUCCAACAUCUAAUCAGUCUGUAAAAGUUACGUAUUUUAUUUCGAAGAGGUUUCUGCUUAUACUGUAAUGGAGUUCCUGGCCUGAAAUCUAUUUUGUAUUGAGCUUUGACUGGUAAACGACGAUUUAAUGUUGGUAUUGAUUCUUUCAUAGUUAUCUAACUUAUGGGUUUGAUUUCCUCCAUACACUUUUGGCAGCUCGAUAAGUUCCGUUGAGGAUAUUGAUCAAUCUUCAAUUCCCUGCAUUUCCCGGGCCACAGGCAAUCAUCAUUUGCUUUCAAAGGCUUAAAGAUGAUGCCAGGGUUUGCUCUCUCUCGUGGCAUAAACUACUGGGUAAUACAGUCCAUGGUAUCAUUAUUUAAUACUAGUUCACCUACAUGUCUUCCUUGGGGAAGAAAUAUAGCUGAAUAUCAUAUAUUUUGUAGCUAUGCAAGGAUUCUUUUCUCUGGGUGGGUGUGUGUGUGUGUGUGUGUGUGUGUUUUUUUUUUUUUUUUCGAAAGUAUAACGGAUGCGCGCCUCUUUUGGGUCCAUGCUGCGUACGUUUCCAGACGCUAACUUGGUUUUUUAUCUGAAGGUGUUGAAAGCAAUGAAGAUUCAUAAUCUUUACUACAAUGCUUCUCGGGAAAUUUUUGUAUAGUUUCAGGGUGGUUAUAUUGUGAUUACAAUUUUUGUUUGAUUCAUCAUAUUUAAAUUGCAGUUAAGCUCCUCGUAUUUGUUCAUUGUAGCAAUUAUUUUCUCAACUUUUUUUGUCGAAUUUUUAUCUUCAGCGCUAUAGAACCAAUGGGCGAUGCUUGGUUACAAUUUCGAAUCCGUUAUUAUAUGUUUGCUCUCGUUUUUGUUG